UCGCCAUUAAAAAAACAAUUAAACAUUAUUAUCAAAAAAAAAAAAUAAUAUACAAUUUAUUGACCCUGAUGAUAAACCUCAAGAUGACAGAUUAUCUUGUUUACGUAUUUUAUUAAUUUGCAAAAUGGCGAUAAUUGUAGAGCGCGAUUUUAAUAGAAGUGCAUUGACUGUCAAAAAUAAACACGCUUGGUAUACAGGACAACAAGCUCAAAAAAUUCCACAAGGUUUGGUUGGUGUUGUUGGAUAUGAUUGUGUCAGUUUGGAUUUAUCAUACAAUGAAUUGACAUCAGUAUCAGCAUUAAAAGAUUAUCAAUACUUGGAGGAAUUAAUUUUAGAUAAUAAUAAUCUAAGAGAUCUUCGUACAUUGCCAUUGAUGCCAAAAUUAAAAACACUGAGUAUCAACAAUAACAAGGUGAAAGAUAUUGAUGUAACACUGGAGCGAAUAAAAGAGUGCUGUCCAAACGUGACAUACUUGAGCCUCUUGGGAAAUCCAGGCUACCCGGAUCAACUCACGGAUCCAAUGAAUAACGACGAGGCUGACUACAAUCGUUAUAGACUAUAUGCUAUAUUUGUAUUACCAAAUACACUACGUUUUCUUGAUUUUCGAUCAAUUAGUAAACAAGAAUUUUAUCAUGCAAAUACACGUGGUAAAUUUUUAAGAACAGUUAAAUUAGCAACAUCUUCAUUGUCAAAUAAACCAAAUGACAUGAUGAGUUUUGAUGAUAUUGAUGGUAUUAUUGAUGUCAAUUAUUCACCAUUACCAACGUCAAAUCGUAAUUUGCAUGAUCACAAAGGAGCAUAUGGUAAAUGUCGUUACAGAUAUUCUGGUAAAAAUUCAGAAGGAAAUAGAUUUAUUUUAAAUAAUGAUCUUUAAAAAUUGAUUAUUCAUUUUUCUUUUUAUAUAAAAAAUAUUUACCAAUAAAAA